UGCAUGCUGCUGGCAUGUUCAGCUAGUCGUGCAUUUCUGCAGCUGCUGAAAACUCUCGACCAGAUGUCCUCUGGAUUAAUCCUUCCGAAGAGACUGUACGCGUGUGUUUUCGCCAUGAUUCUUCACAUUUUGUGUGUGGCGGCUACAUCCACGUAUUUUGUGUAUACGCUAGAAUGUGACGUCUCAGUUUCACAGCAAAUAGCGGAUUUUCGGCAACGAUACUUACCAAAUCUGCCGGCAUCUCAUGUGGAAGUGAUUUUCCGAGCUUACACCGUCUUCACAUGUCUGCCGUUUGUCAGCCGCGAAAUCUUAUUAGGCUUCGUAUUAUCUGUUAUGUUUCUCACCAGUGAAACUCUUCGAAUGACUGCCGUGCUCAUGAAUUCUGGACUGCUCACAGCGAACACUGUCCCGAUACACGAGUAUUCUCAAAUGAUACAACUGAGAAAUGUCGUCAAGGAUCUGAAUGGCUGUUUUUCGCCGAUUGUCGGGAUACUGUGCUAUGGAGCUCUAACCGGUUCCAUUGUUCUUACGCUAGACUGUAGUCAGUACACUACGGGCCAGCAGCCGCCCAUGGAAAACAUUGCCGCCCUAAUGACACACAUAUUUUCUUUUUGUGCGUUGACGAGUAUUUGUGCGUUCUCUACUGAACAGGGACAAAAACUCGCCAACGUAGCUGAAAUGUGCUUGCGUAUCGGAGAAAAGCAGUGGACGAACGAUGAGUGGACGGCCACGUAUCUCCGCGGGAAGCAAAGCGAACCUUGCUGCUAUACUGCUGGCGGUGUUGUAAUCAUGCGGGAAGGAGCUGUUCAGGCUUGUGCUGCAUUGAUAAGCACCUUACUGGUGUUCGCGGAACUCGCUGGUGGUGGUAAAAGCGAAGGAGCGGGAAAAGGGGGUGCAAAUACAACCCAGGUGAUUUGAAGCUACAACACUACGCACUCUUCCGACUCCACGUUAGCGAAAUUUGCAGGUGGUGUCACAAAGGUCAUUAAUUACAGCGGUUCUAAUGCAAAUUAAAUUUUUGGUUGGAUAAACUGAUUUUCUGUCUGUUCAUUGUUUGUCCAGUAGCAC